GAUGCCCUGUCGGGAACCCACUGAUAUAUUUCGUAUUCUUAAAAGAAUGAGAAUGAACAUGGACACAUUUUCAUGACGGAUGUUAAAAAGGAUUACAUAAAUUGAAAUGCUAUAAAUAUGUAUCGGAAUUGCUUUUGUCUUCACAUUUUUUCUCUUACACACCACAACUUUAAGCCACCCAUGAUGAUCGCUUUAGUAGCUUUGACCGUGUUUGUGCAGAGUGUGUUUGGAGGAAACCUGGUAGAGGUUUUACAAAACGACGGGGAGACGACUUUAAUAUCUCUUGUCAAGCAAGCCGGUCUGGCUGACGCUCUCUUAUCAGGUAUUUUGCAUGAUAUAGUUAAUUUGUAUUUCAAAAAAUUGUUGUUUAAAUUAUUUUUGAAUACUAAUACGAGUUGUUUUACUAUUACAGGAGAGUACACCAUAUUUGCUCCAACAAAUGCUGCAUUCUCCAAACUUCCCCAGUCUGUCCUUGACGGUCUACAGAGAGAUACCGCCGCCUUGGCAAAUAUACUGAAAUACCACGUGGUCAAAGGUUCCAUUCACAAGGCCGAUGCAUCCAAUGAGCUUCAGUUGGAGACUUUGGCUGGAACCAAAAUCAGAUUUAACAUCUAUAAUCACAAUCACGUGGUGACUGUGGAAGGAUCCAAAAUCACACACUUUGACCUGACCGCCUCAAAUGGUAUGGUGCACGUGAUUGACACUGUAAUGAUGCCUCCUUCAGGAAGCAUUGUGGAUUUGGUGGCCGGCAACAGCGACCUGAGCACCCUUCUGUCUCAGGUCCAAUCAGCAGGAUUGGCCGGGGCACUACAGGGAGAUGCUCUAACGGUAUUUGCACCAACCAACGCUGCAUUUAAUAGACUUGGCAGUCAUGUAUUAAACAAUCUGAAAAGCAACCCACAGCUUCUGAAAGAAAUUCUGGAGUACCACGUCGUUCCUCACACUGAAUACUCAGCUGGAUUGUACAACCGAGAACACCUCGCAACUCUAGAUUCUCACCAUGACGUCAUCAGACUUGGAGUCAGUACUAAUGGUGUUGUUAUUAAUCACCGUGCUCACGUGACAAAAGCCGACAUUAGCGCCACCAACGGUGUUGUACACAUCAUUGAUCACCCACCCAUGAUGAUCGCUUUAGUAGCUUUGACCGUGUUUGUGCAGAGUGUGUUUGGAGGAAACCUGGUAGAGGUUUUACAAAACGACGGGGAGACGACUUUAAUAUCUCUUGUCAAGCAAGCCGGUCUGGCUGACGCUCUCUUAUCAGGAGAGUACACCAUAUUUGCUCCAACAAAUGCUGCAUUCUCCAAACUUCCCCAGUCUGUCCUUGACGGUCUACAGAGAGAUACCGCCGCCUUGGCAAAUAUACUGAAAUACCACGUGGUCAAAGGUUCCAUUCACAAGGCCGAUGCAUCCAAUGAGCUUCAGUUGGAGACUUUGGCUGGAACCAAAAUCAGAUUUAACAUCUAUAAUCACAAUCACGUGGUGACUGUGGAAGGAUCCAAAAUCACACACUUUGACCUGACCGCCUCAAAUGGUAUGGUGCACGUGAUUGACACUGUAAUGAUGCCUCCUUCAGGAAGCAUUGUGGAUUUGGUGGCCGGCAACAGCGACCUGAGCACUCUUCUGUCUCAGGUCCAAUCAGCAGGAUUGGCCGGGGCACUACAGGGAGAUGCUCUAACGGUAUUUGCACCAACCAACGCUGCAUUUAAUAGACUUGGCAGUCAUGUAUUAAACAAUCUGAAAAGCAACCCACAGCUUCUGAAAGAAAUUCUGGAGUACCACGUCGUUCCUCACACUGAAUACUCAGCUGGAUUGUACAACCGAGAACACCUCGCAACUCUAGAUUCUCACCAUGACGUCAUCAGACUUGGAGUCAGUACUAAUGGCGUUGUUAUUAAUCACCGUGCUCACGUGACAAAAGCCGACAUCAGCGCCACCAACGGUGUUGUACACAUCAUUGAUCACGUUCUUAUUCCAGCCCGCCAUAUCUUUUCUUCGAUAUUGGGAAGAAAGUAAUUAUUUGAACAAACUAUUACGACAUUUUCACAUUUUUCAACUCAUGCCUUUGUUCAUAGCAUCACAAUUUACAAAUAGUAUCGUACAUUUUGUUAUUUUAUAUGCUUAUUCUUACCCACUGUGUGAAAACACAAAAGUUUUGCAAUAAAUAAUGUCAAAACGGAAAA